GCUAUGAUACAAAAUUGCCAAGUACUGAAGCUGGUGUGAGUGGGCCCCCAUGGAUGACGUGGUGGUGGAGCAACUGGUUGAUGGAGCCAUCGCCACUUGCCUCUCACUUUUCACCUGGCUGUGUCUGCAGUUCGUUUGGCCCAUCGGCCAAAAGUCCCAGACAAAAACUGGAUUGGUGUGGGAUGGCUCGACAGCAGGGAUCGAUUGCGAGGAGGAGUCCUGCGGCAGCGGCAGCUCCUUCGAUGAGUACACAGACAUCCUGUGGACCUUCUUCUGCAUUCUGGCCCUGUCCAAGUUGACUCAGUUCUCGGAGUGGUACUUUAGUCAGCGUUUGCUGAAGCGCAAGAAUGACUACAACGUGGGCUCCAUUAAUCGCGAGUGGGAGGAAACGCUUCUGCUGCACGAUGAGGAGAGGCGUCAGCUGGACGAGGAGAUGCAGGUGCUCGCCGAGAAGAAUCUAAAUCUGGAGCGCGUGAUAAAGGAUCUGCGCGACUGCAACAUUCACCUGAUAAGCGAGAAUUUCAUGCGAUCCAUGCUAGAGGAACAAAAGCGACAGGUUGCCCAGCCGAACAUCUACAUCACCAACAGCUACUAUCACCUGACUCGCCAGGUCUUCAUCAAUGACACAAAUGUGGAUCUCAACGUUCGCAACGCCGGCGGCAAGGAUCUCUGCUCCAUGGGAGCCAACGAGGAUGGACUGAAUGUCUGGAUGCAGUACUUGAAGAUGCGCAAAUGCUACAUGGGCCCCAUUGCCGAUCCCAGCUUGAUAGCUCUCGGCAGCCCCGAGAAACUGCUGCCCAUUGUUAUGGCAGUUGAGCAGUUGAGCACCGAGCAGUUGGCCAAGUUGCAGGGCAUAAUAUAGUUGAUAGUUACCUAAUUUCCCUCGAACAAUCUAUGAUCAAGUUGUGUUAAUCAUUAGGGAAAAGCUCUAUAAAAAUUAAUAAAAACGUCAAUAAAAAUCA